AGAACGGACAUAGGAGUCAUUUAUAUAAACAUUGUUAUUUUUAUGUGAGAAAAAAUAUUUUAUCUCUGUAUGAUAGAAUCAUAAUGGAGUAUCGAAUAUUUUUUUGCCUCAUCAUCGUAAACUUAAUAGUGACGUCACAGCAAUGCACUCAAGAGCUCGACUCUCAAGAAUGCCGCUACAUCCUACACUGCAUGGACUACUUAACUGACAAUUUCGGUUGGAGCUACUAUCGACGUAAUUACCACAGUAUGCCUGGAAUCGAUACCGCCGAAUGCCCCAGUUACGAAAGCAUAAACUACGCAGGAUAUCAAAUGUACCCCGUACACGUUGUUAUACAGUCAGCACAGCACAAUCUUGGGUCGCUUCCUUUAACCAGAAGAAGUGGCGACGAGCUACUACAUAUCAUAUACUCUUUAGAUUUAAGCAACAACAACUAUCAACAUACUCCAGUCCUCAAAAGUAUGGAAAACCUUGCCGUUCUCAACAUGUCGCGGAACCAUUUAAAAACAGCUGUUUUAUCCAACAUGAACGUCUUAAGUAAGUUACGUGAAAUAGAUUUUUCGUACAACAGAAUAAGCGAUAUCAAACUCGAGGCUUUCACGCAUCCUUACAAUAUGUUAACAAAACUCAAUAUGUCACAUAAUUACUUGGUUAAGAUUCCCGAUGCUGUUUUUGAUAAAAUUGACGAUCUGCAAACGUUAGAUUUGUCGCACAACUACAUUGAAGGUUUGAGUCCGUUUACCUUCGAAGGCAGCAGGAGUCUGUUACAUCUUAAUUUGUCUAACAACAGAUUAACAGACAUCAAUUCCUCACUCUUCAGAUUCAGUGAACUAAAAGUUCUAAGCCUCAGUGGCAACAGAAUAAAAGAUCUAAAAGAAAGCGACUUUGAAAAGUUAAACAAACUUGAGGUUCUUGAUUUGAGUUCAAACUCUAUCAAAACAAUAGGUUUUAAUGUGUUUCAAAAUAUGGUUCUGUUGUACAGUUUAGAUUUAAGCCAUAAUGAGUUAGAGGUUGCGAACAAAGACGCGUUUGCUAAUUUAAGAUCUUUAAGUAGUAUCAAUCUUUCGACGAAUAAGCUAAAGUCUCUGCCUAAAGACUUGUUCAAAAAUAAAACAAUCAAAGAUUUUUCAGUUAGUGAAAAUAUAUUAGAAGGUUCGCUAUCAAGGGGUAUGUUUGAAGGUAUCGACGUAACCACAUUGGAUUUAAGUUUUCAAUUAUUGACGGCAAUAGAAGACUACGCUUUCAAAGGCCUUGUAAAACUUGAAUCUUUGUAUCUUAAUAACAAUGAUAUUUCUUCACUAUCGAACAUGUGCUUUAAGACAUUAACUGGUUUGACACUGCUGGACUUAUCUAACAACAAAAUCGCUAGCAUUGACUUUGACAAAGCGGACCUGACAUUUCUUCAGACCUUGUUUCUGAGAAAUAAUCAACUGGUUCAAAUAAAACACGAACACUUUCAAAGUUUAAGUAGUUUAGCAUUUUUGGAUGUAUCCCAAAACGCCAUUGCCCAGUUGGAACCGAGUUCGUUCGUAUCGUUGAGAAGUCUGAUCAGUUUGCGACUGUCUAAUAACCCUUUGUCGGGGACAUUACAAACUGACACAUUCAAUGGCUUAGUUUCAUUGCCCAGCCUUGAUAUUUCUGGCAAUUUACUGACAACUGUGCAAAACGCAUCAUUCAACGAAAUGAGUGAAUUAAAAGAACUGAACAUGUCUCAUAGUAAAAUUAAAGAUUUACAAUAUAACGUUUUUGCUCACACUGGGUAUAUUGAAACGCUUGAUCUAUCGUAUAAUGAACUAGAAUUCUUCUCUGUGAACAUGACAGAUUUAGUAGGAUUAAGCUCUUUAUUUUUAAAUAAUAAUUUAAUCAAGGAAAUAUCUUCUACCACCUUGUACGGAAUAUCAAGCUUAACUAAAUUGAACUUAGCUUCCAAUUUAAUAGAAAACAUUCACAAUGAAUCAUUCAACAGUCUGAUUGAAUUGCGUUGCUUAGAUCUGUCCUAUAAUGAAAAACUUCAAUUCAGGAGUACGUUGUUGGAAAAAAUGAAAAGUUUAGAUAUUUUAAAACUAUCCGGGAUCAAAACUGCUGUUCAUUUCACUCAGUUUGACGAAUCAACAGUUACUGAAGUAGAGAUAGCAGACGCAGGUCUAAAUAACAUAAGCGCUUUGAAUCUGAGCGCGUUCACUCACAUGAGUACUUUGGGAUUAAGGAACAAUAGCAUAUCGAGGAUAGACGUAGGAGCUUUCGCAGGAAUAAGCACUCUCAGAUAUUUAGAUCUGAGCUUCAAUAAAAUAUCCUUCAUCCAACCGGGAGCGUUCAAAGACAAUGAACUCCUAUUUUCAUUAAAUAUUUCUCACAAUUACUUAUCAGCUAUCAGUUACGGAGUGUUUCGUGGCCUCAUCUACUUGGGUACUCUAGACAUGUCAUAUAAUAACAUCAAAGAUUUGCAAAGUGAAAGAUUUUAUGAAGUAAAAAGUUUAACUGAGCUGAUUGUUGAUCAUAACCAAAUUAAUUAUGUUAACGCCGAAGAAUUUUCAGGCUUAUCGAAGUUGAGUAUAGGAGACAAUCCACUACCUUGCCACAUUUUAGUAAUACUUAAAAAAAGAGGCGUGCCUUUUGAAAUAACAGCUAUUAAUAUUGAUGAACAUAGUAGUGAAAAUAUUGAUGGAAUAACCUGUAAUAAAGAUCAAGAAAUAUCGAUUAUUAAUUCAACAACGACUGUCAGUGACGUCACUGAACAGAAUGGGGUGCUUUUAGAUAUAAGAAACAUUUUGUAUAAUAUGAGCCAAAAUACUAACGUUCAGGAUACUAAUGACCAUGCUAUAGAAAACUUAACAAAUGUUAUUGAAAAGUCUAACAUCAUAAUUAACGAAAACUUCGUACAGCUUGCUAACUUGACAUCCAAAGUAAUAGAUUCAAACAACAAUACAAAUAUGUUGUUGAAGAAAAUAUUGAAUUCAUUGAAAGAAAAUACUGUCACUAGUGUUGCCACUACGCCUUCAGUUCUUUUAGGCUUCAAUGGCUCUCAAAAUACAGAUUUGAUUCCAUACAUAAACAAAAUAAGAAAAGAAUUAGAAAAAACAAUAGCAGAUGAAAAGCAAAACAUUAUGAAUGAAUUGGAAGGAAAAUUCUCUUUAAUUCAAUACCAUACUGAAGCCAUGCCCACAAGUCCUAAUAAUGAGAAAUUGGUUUCAACUACGGAAGCUUCAAAAUCUAUAUUUACGGAGACGUGUGUAGCAUUGAUAUUAUUAAUUUUAGUUGGUUUAGUGUUAUAUAAGUUUUAUAAGUCAAGAAUGUUUGUUAGGAGUCGAAUGUCUUAUAGUACUCGGGAGUUGCCGGGUGCCAUGGAUAAUUCAACUCUGUAAUUAGGUAUGAACUGUGCUUAUGAGAAGCUACAUGAAUUUUAUUCCAGUAGAA